GAGAGAGAGUUUUAGGAUUAGAGAGAGAAAUCGAAACUCACCAGGCAGUCACCACACACAGCCCACGAUAAUCCUUAUUCGUGAAUCAAUCACUUGGUUACGUUCACUCUCAUUUCAACGAAAAAGCCAGCUGACUGACAACAGAUGCCCACCCUUCUCUCUUUAAAGCAUCUGAAUUUAUUAUUCAUUUUCUUCUCUUUAUGAAGUUUUUAUAUUUUUCAUCUCUCUGAAGCAUUUUAUCCAACCUAUUAUAUGAUUUUAGACAUAAAAAUUGCAAAAGGCGAAUAAAAUUAUGGCAGCGAUUGGGGAAGGCAUGACUGUUCUUUCGUUUGUUCGUAGUUUCUCUUUUCAUCGAAGAUCAAAAUACCUUUCCUAUUUAUAUUAUUGCUGCAUUCUUCUUUUUCUCCGUAAUCUAUACUGUUGGAGUAUUAAUUAUUGUUGUUUGUUAUUCCCAAAAUCUAACCGCACAUCACAAUCACACCCUCAGAAAACUUCUUCGAUUCCCAUAGAGAGAGACUCCCAGUAUGCUAGAGAGAGAAAGUCUGAAUUUAUGCCCCCAACUUGCCCGUCAGACCCAGAUGGACGAUUUCGUGUUUCGGGCGGGGUAAAAGGAUUGUCAGUUCUUCUCCAUUUUUGCUUUCUUAUGGGUUUUUUGUUUUCUUGGUCGCUCAGCAAGCUUUAGGGGUCUCAAUUCCUUGGACGAUUGUGUUCCAUGAGGUGUUUGGCGUGGUUUUGGGGAACUGUCGUUUUUCCUUUGUCCCUAGCAGCGAUUUGUUGUUAAUUGUUCCGUAGGGUUUAAUUAGCUGGGAUUUCUGUGCGAGCUUGAAUUUGAUCCUUAGCAAUGGAGGCUUGUUCAGAAGGAGAGCAGAAAAAGCCACCUGAGGGGGAGAAUAAGAGCAAGCGCAAAAUGAAGACUGCUUCCCAGUUGGAGAUUCUGGAGAAAACUUAUGCUACCGAACCGUAUCCAUCCGAGGCACUGCGAGCAGAGCUAUCGGCGAAAUUGUGUCUUUCAGAUCGUCAACUGCAGAUGUGGUUUUGUCACCGCAGGUUGAAAGACAGAAAGGCACCAGCAGCGAAGAAGCCUGGAAAUGAAUCGCCACCUGGAGCGGUGACUCCGGCGCCAGUGGCUGAUGGUUUUGAGCAGAAGGCAACGGGUGAUGGUGGACAUGGGCGUGAUUCCAUUUCUGGGAAGAGGCGGUACAGUCAUAUGGAUCCACGGCGAGCUAUCCCACGACCUUGUAUGGCCUUUCCUAGCAUUGGAGGGGGAUUGCCGGCAAUGGAGAGUUACUAUGGAUCACAUCAGUUCAAAGCUGAGCUGAAAGCUAUUGCAUUUGUGGAAGAACAGUUAGGGGAGCCAUUAAGAGAGGACGGGCCAAUUUUGGGGAUGGAAUUUGAUCCGUUGCCACCCGGUGCCUUUGGUACACCAAUAGGGCCAACUGCAGUGGGGCAGCAUAGGCAAUCUGGAAGGCCUUUUGAGGCAAAAAUUUAUGAACGAGUGGACAAGGGUGCUUCAAGGACUCUUCAUGAAUAUAAAUUUAUUCCAGAGCAGCCAACCGUUAGAAAUGAGACAUAUGACUACGAGAGAGUCACCCCUUCUAACCACUAUGGUUCUCUUGAUGGAAUUCCCCAUGCAAGGACUUUAUUAUCUAGUGGACGACAAUUCCUUGAUGGGAAUGACAUUGCUUCCUAUGGAUAUGGAUAUCAGAAUAUGUUGCCAGGGUUAAAUCUUUUGUCUCAGCAAGGCAGGCAGAAUCAUCUUUUACCUUCUGCUUCUGGACAGAAUGAUAACAUUCCAUGGAAAAACACGUUUGCUGAUGUGCCUGCUAACUCUCAUAUUGGAGCUUACCCUGCAACUAAAAUUGACAGCAUGUUAACUCCAUCUGACCAGAGGGUUAUCCAUGAGGAGCAAAUUUCUCGGUUUCAGAGGAAGCGGAAGAAUGAAGAGGCUAGAAUGCAGCGGGAACUUGAGGCACAAGAGAAACGAAUGAAGAAAGAGCUUGAAAAGCAGGAUAUUUUAAGGCGAAAGAGAGAAGAGCAGGUAAGGAAAGAGAUGGAGAGACAUGAACGUGAAAGGCGGAAGGAAGAGGAAAGAAUAUUGCGUGAAAGACAAAGGGAAGUGGAGAGAAACCAAAGAGAACAGAAGCGUGAACUAGUGCGAAGGGAGAAGAUCUUGCAGAAAGAGUCAAUCAGAGCUGAGAAAAGGAAACAGAAGGAAGAGGUACGCAAAGAGAAAGAGGCGGCAAGGAUCAAAGCAGCCAAUGAGAGAGCUAUUGCUCGCAGGAUGGUCAAAGAAUCAAUGGAAUCUAUUGAAGAUGAACGGCUAGAAUUGAUGGAGUUAGCUGCAUCUGAAAAGGGACUUUCUUCAAUUUUGUCUCUUGACUAUGAAACCCUACAGAAUCUUGAAUUAUUUAAAGAUGGGAGGACUUCAUUUCCGCCUCAGAGUGUACUGCUGAAAAGACCUUUCUCAAUUCAACCUUGGUUGGAUUCUGAGGAGAACGUAGGAAACCUUUUGAUGGUUUGGAGGUUUUUGAUCUCAUUCGCUGAUGUUCUUGGGAUUUGGCCAUUCACCUUGGAUGAAUUUUUACAAGCUCUCCAUGACCAUGAUCCCAGGCUGUUAGGCGAGAUUCAUAUUGCUCUUUUGAGAUCUAUUAUAAAAGAUAUUGAGGAUGUUGCAAGAACUACUGGGGCAGGGGCUAGUCAUAAUAAUGCUGUCAACCCUUGUGGGGGUCAUCCGCAAGUUGUUGAAGGGGCAUAUGUGUGGGGGUUUGAUAUAAGAAAUUGGCAACGACUCUUAAAUCCCUUAACAUGGCCAGAAAUUAUGCGGCAAUUUGCUUUAUCGGCUGGAUUUGGGCCACAGUUGAAGAAAAGAAUCCUUGAACCAGUGUAUCCUUGUGAUAACAAUCAGGUUAUUGAUGGUGAAGAUGUUAUUUCCAAUCUACGUAGUGGGGCGGCAGUUGAAAAUGCUGUUGCUAUCAUGCAAGAAAAGGGUUUAUCGAACCAACGAAGAUCUAGGCAUCGCUUGACGCCUGGUACUGUUAAGUUUGCGGCCUUUCAUGUGUUAUCUCUUGAAGGAAGUAAGGGCCUUACUAUAUUGGAAACAGCUGACAAAAUUCAGAAAUCUGGACUUCGUGAUCUUACGACAAGCAAAACUCCAGAGGCUUCUAUAGCUGCUGCUUUGUCCAGGGACACAAAGCUUUUUGAAAGGACAGCUCCCUCGACAUAUUGUGUACGUCCUGCAUAUAGAAAGGACCCGGCUGAUGGCGAGGCACUCCUCUCAGCUGCCAGGGAAAGAAUCAGGAUAUUCAAAAAUGGACUUGUCAACGCAGAAGAACCAGAUGAUGGUGAAAGGGAUGAUGAUUCGGAAAUUGGUAUGGCAGAAGAACCUGAGGCUGAUGAUUUGGGUACUGAAACAAAUAAUAAGGAGGCUUCUGAUUUUGUAGAAUCUAGUUUGAACACUGUCGUUAAGAAUAGAGAAAGCAGUGGUGAAAUUUUGCAGACUCCUGAUCGUGGCAAUGGACAGAUGAAUGAGGGUUCAGCAUCAAUUGUUGCUGAAGAAUUUAAUCGGGAAAUUGCUGCUAGUAGCAAUGUUGUAACCAAACCUGAUCUGGAAGACACCAGUAUCGAUGAAAGUAAUCCAGGUGAACCAUGGGUUGAAGGGCUUAUUGAUGGAGAAUACUCAAAUCUUAGUGUGGAAGAGCGACUUAAUGCCCUUGUUGCUCUGAUUGGUGUAGCAAUUCAAGGAAAUUCAAUCCGUUUCACUCUUGAGGAGCGUCUAGAAGCAGCAAAUGCUUUAAAGAAGCAGAUGUGGACAGAGGUGCAGCUUGAUAGACACCGAAUCAAAGAGGAAUCCUUUUUUAAGGUGCAGUCUGCCCCUUGUGUGGGAAAUAAGAAUGAACCAACUCCUUCAGUGUCAGCCAUAGAGGGUAAACAGAGCCCUUUGCUUGAUGUUGAUGACAGGAAUGACAAAACACUACCAGCUCCCCCCACCCAGCAACUACAGUUAAAUGAUGUGCUGGAAAAUCAGACCUAUCUUCAGAGUGUUCCAUCGGAAGUGAACAUAAAAUUGCAAGACUCUGCUGUGACUGACAAUUAUUCUUGCCAGCAAUUUGGAUCUGGUGCUGAAAAGUCAAAAUCAAAUUUCAAGGCAUACAUUGGUCAAUUGGCGGAAGAAACUUAUAUUUAUAGGUCAUUGCCUCUUGGUUUGGAUCGGAGACGUAAUCGAUACUGGCAGUUCAUUACAUGUGCUUCUCAAAAUGAUCCAGGCUGUGGAAGGGUUUUUGUGGAGAUGCACGAUGGUUGUUGGAUGCUGAUUGAUUCUGAAGAGGGUUUUGAUGCUCUCUUGGCAUCAUUGGAUGUACGUGGGAUUAGGGAAUCCCAUUUGCACAUGAUGUUGCAACGAAUUGAAAUGUCCUUCAAGGAAUCCGUUAGAAGGAAUAAGUUGACAAGGCAAGACAGCGACACUGUUAAUACGGAAGCUUUUCAAAUGGCUACCAAGCAUGGUGGCUGUGCUUCCAUGUGCAGUACUAAUUCAGAUGUGCCAGAGACAUCAACAUCUUUUGUGGUUCAGCUGGGAAGGAAUGAUUCUGAUAACCAAGAAGCUUUUAGGAGAUACCAGGACUUUGAAAAAUGGAUGCUGAAGGAAGGCCUAGAUUCCUCAGUAUUAUGUGCGUUGAGGGCUGGGAAGAGAAGGUGCCGUCAAUUGCUGGGCAUGUGUAAUCACUGCCAUGAGAUCUAUUUAUCUGAAGAAACUCCAUCUCCUUCCUGCUGUAGAACCCUCCGUAGUUGUAAGAGCAACUUAAGCUCUUCUGAACAUAUGGCUCAAUGUGAAGGAAAAGUGAAGAUUACCAGUGAUUAUGUAUUUAGUGUCUCCCCUUCUCCAUUAAGAAUAAGAUUGCUUAAAGUGCUGUUGUCAAUACUUGAGGCUUCCAUUCCUGAAGAAGCUCUUGAACCUAUUUGGACGGACAGCUAUCGGAAGUCUUGGAUUAUGAAACUGCAUGCUGCUUCUUCCUCUGAAGAACUUCUUGAGAUAUUGACUUUACUGGAGGGUGCUAUCAAGAGGGAUUAUUUGGCUUCGAACUUCAACACUACCAGUGAGCUGUUGGGUUCUAUUUUUUCUUCUGGAUUUCUUAGUGAUUCCACGGGAGCUGACAGAAUUCCUGUACUACCGUGGGUGCCUCAUACAACAGCUGCUGUGGCGCUAAGGUUCAUGGAACUUGACAGCUCAAUCUUUUAUACGUUGGAGCAGAAGCUGGAGUCCGAAAAGGACAAGAGAAAUGAGAAUGUUAUGAAGUUUCCUUCAAAACAUUCUUCUGCCAAAAUUGCCCUAGUUGCUGGUAUAGCCGACACUUCACAUUUGGCUGGGCAUAACAUGGUUAAUCUGGGUGCUGGAUUUGCUAGCUACAGUCGAGGACAAAGGUCCCAUGGACAGAGCCGUGGUCGCUCUUAUGGUGGGGGAUCACAGGGAAGGGUCAUCAGUUCAAGAUCUGAAUCUAGAAAGAAAGUUACCGCCACUAGCAGCAGGAGGAGACUUGGACAGGGACUAAGAUGGAAAGGGAAAUCACGGGGUCAUGGAGGACAGCGUCGUGCUCGACGAAGCGUGAGAAGUGGUAGGAAGAAACCAGCAGCUAAAGGACGUGAGAUUACUGUUGAGAGAGAUGCUCCCAAAGAGGAAUCAGCUGGUAUUUUUGUCAGGGAGGCAAGCAAUGGAGCUGAGACCAUUGGUCGUCAAAUGGGGAAUCCCGAAAUUGCUGCAAGCAGUUCUGGGAGAUCAGAUUAUGAGGAAGAUAAAUAUCAAGUAACAGGUGACGAGGAUGAUUAUCUAGUGGAUAAUAAUGAUAAUGGCUAUGAUAGGUGUGGAUUUAGUGGGAAGUCUGAGAAUAUGGUAGAAGGUAUUAGUUUUAAUUUAGAUGAUGAGGAAGACGGGGGUGGAUUUAGUGGGAAGUCUGACAAUUUAGUAGAAGCGAUUGAUUUUAAUAUAGAUGAUGAGGAAGAAGAGGAUGUUGACGAGGACGAGGAUGAUGAACAAGUCGGUGUUGACGUUGAAGGCUUCAUAAAUGGGGAUUCAGAUAUAGAAGAAAACGGGGAAGAUGCAGAGCAAAACUUGGAUCCAGAUGGAUUGAAUUCUUCAUCCUCAGAGUACAGCGGCUAGAAGCAGCAUUGAUUACGGAGACUAACUCCACAAGAGUAUGUAGGUUAAUUUUGGUACAUUAACAUGCUUAGUAAGUAACGUAGGAUACUGGAAACUAGGAAUAGUCCUAAUGAUUAAGGUACCUUUAGAGUAGUCAUCAAUUGUGCAUGUUAUAUUGUACAACAAAAGAUAUAUUUUGAGGUUACAAAAUGGUGAAAUGAAAUUUGUUUCUCCUGUCAUUACAAUGGGAGAAAUUACAUAUCAAA